UUUUUUGGUCAUUGUGUUGCAAAAUGGGCCAUAUCCUUUUGCUACGUGUUCUUCUUUAAUCAAAACAAAACCAUUUUCUCCAUUCUUUUUUCAUCUUUCAAUUGAGCUAUCUUUCUAGUUGCUUUUGUCUUCACAAAGCACAAAAGGGUAUGAAGUAGUCAGCUUGAGAUUUGCAACGGAUGAUGUACUUAAUGCUUCUGCAGCUGUUUUCUCAAUUGACAAAUUGGUUCAUGCUUUUCUGUUUCAAUUGUACAUUAUCAAAUAGUUUACAGACUGUUCUUUCUCUUGUCAGCCUAUACUACUGGCCAUGUAUGAGAAUUUCUUCAAGCAAUGUUCCCUUGGGUUCAAGGAAGUGGGGUAUGGCUGUAGCUGCAUUAGCUUGUGCAAUUAGGCCAAGAAGUGCUAUUACAUGGGUGUAUGUUGGGUUUUGUGAGCUGUAUUUGACCCAGGGAAGACUUAAAUUUAUUCUUCUGGAGGUGAUUUCCAUUGGGGUUCUGGUGAUUGGAUUUACCUGUUUACUGGAUCGCCUCAUGUACGGCUCUUGGGUGUUAGUUCCUCUUAAUUUUCUAAAGUUCAAUUUUCUUUCCUCUGGUGGAGAUUAUUAUGGAACUCACAAGUGGUACUGGGACUUCACUCAGGGAUUUCCAGUCAUGCUAUUCAGUUUUCUGCCAUUUUCAAUAGUGGGCAUAAUCAAGUCAGUACUGGAAACUUUCUGGCCUUAUUGCUUAGGUUUUAGGUCUUUACAGCAUAUUAGGUCACAAAGAAUUCAGGUUUGGCUAUACAAAUGGUAUGUGCUUUGUGUGUAAUUGUUUGAGUUUUUUAAAUCUGUGACCCUGAUAUCUUCUAAUUGGCUCAUGAGCUUUGGUUUUUCUUGCCUGUGCUUGCUAAAGCUUUGAUAUUCUCUGGGUACUCGUUAGCUACUCUUCAAGAGCAAGAUUCCUCAAAAGGUGAAAGGAAAGGAUCUUCAAACAUUAACAGUAAAUGGUCUUCAAAAGGGCAAAUGGCUAUCUUUUCCUUGCUUGCUACCAAUAUUCCAUUGGCCUUCUAUAUGUCUUUAGUUCACCAGGUAAAAUUGCCUUCACAUUUCUUUUUGGUAUGCUUAUCUGGAUGCUUACUCUUGCAAAUUGAGACAGAGAGGAACUGAGGAUGUAAUGAAGUAUCUAUCUAAAGGGGCAAUGACGGAAAGAGUGGAAAGUAUACUUUUCCUAAUGCCAUGCCAUGCCACACCUUAUUACUGCAUUCUGCACCGUAACCUGCCAAUGCGUUUUCUGGAUUGCUCACCAAGUUUAAACUCUGGCAAUUCUUUUUGAAUAUCUGUUCUUUUGUGGUCUAUGUUUUUGCAGUUCCUUUCUUACUGUAGGCUGGAAUUUUGUCAACAGAGAAGAGAAAGGAAUCCCUGAGCCUGAUGAGUCAGACCAUUUCAUGAUGGAUCCCAUCACCAAUUUUGCAAAAAAUCAGUAUCUACCUAGUCAUAUUGUCUUAUUUGAUUCUGAGGAAAAGCAAUUAGGGGAGUUUCUGGAAUUGCAUUCUUUCAAAGAGAUACUGGUCAAGACAUUUUUUUUAUUUAAUUAUCAAGGUUUGCGUUGCCCGUGGCACUGGCAAGUGACCGUUUGUUCCCACACAAGCUGAUUCUGUGACACAAAUGCAGACAGGAAGAUUUUUCCAUGCUCACGUCAAGGUGGACUGUGGCCUUCAAGCAUCUGUUGUUGUAUAUGCUGGGAGUGGCUAGUCAAUUUUCAUGAAAACAGUUCUCCAAUCUGUGAUUUGGAUUGUGGUGCUGUUAAUUUUCUGGUUGCUGAGCCUCAUGUAUCGUUACUAGGCGUGCACGCAAAUAUGGCCGAUUGGGUCACAAAUGACAAACCUACCAGAGCAAGUACUUAUCUGCUGGUUGUGGACCAUUGUUUUUAGCCUAUACAAAGGAACAAAACUUGAUUAGCUGGACGGAAUUGGUCCACAAAUACCAGACUGACAUGAGACCAAGCCAAGCUGUGCCUGCAGCAAAAGAGGAAUAGGUUAAAAUUGCUGUCAAAUACUAUAUUUAUAGUUGUGGUUGUGAUUAUAUUAAAUUGUAUUGUAUUGU